AUGCCUCCCGAUGCAGGAAUAUCAGUUUUCCCCAUUGAUUUGUUCAACCUGCUGCCCUUCAUGGGCAUCAUUGCCAUGGACCCCAAAAGAAACACUCUGUCCACCUCUGGGCCACUCCAGCAUUUUGCUAUAGUCACCCUGGCGCUGACCUUGAGCUUCUUGGGGCACGGCGUUCACCCGAUGCCCGUUCCGACUGAAGCCCCCAUCUGCACAGCCUCUGAAACUGCCCACUACAGCCUCACGUUUACCGGAAAAUGGACCCAGGCGGCUUUCCCUAAGCAGUAUCCUGUCUACCGCCCACCUGCACAGUGGUCAAAUCUUAUUGGGGUGACCCACAGCUCCGACUACCACAUGUGGCAGCGUAAUGAGUUUGCCAGCAACGGAGUGAGGGAGUUCACCGAAAAAGGCGAGGCCUGGACGCUCAUCAAGGAAAUUGAGGCGGCCGGCGAACGCAUCCAAAGUGUUUAUGGGAUCUUCUCCGCUCCCGCUGUUGUGGGAGGCACCGGCCAGAUGCACAGUGAGUUCGAGGUCUUCGCCAGGCACUCCUAUCUGUCGUUUAUCGUGCGUAUCGUUCCUAGUCCCGACUGGUUUGUGGGCGUGGACAGUUUGGAUCUGUGUGAUGGCGACCGAUGGAAGGAGAGUGUGUCGCUGGAGCUGUUCCCGUACGAUGCAGGAACCGACAGCGGCUUCACUUUCUCCUCUCCCAACUUUGAGACCAUCCCACAGGACAAAGUCACACAGAUUACCUCUUCUUUCCCAAGCCACCCUGCCAACUCCUUCUUCUACCCCCGCCUGAAGCACCUCCCACCCAUCGCUAAGAUGACACUGACCAAGAUAAAGAAGACCAAUCAGAUCAUCAGCCUUCCUCUGGAGCCCACGCAGUCCAACCAGCUGCCAACAGGCAAUGAGAUUGAAGACACGCUUAUAAACACCCCCCUGGACUGCGAGGUGUCAGUGUGGUCGCCCUGGGGCUUGUGCAAAGGCAAGUGUGGAGACUCGGGCGUGCAGCACCGCACGCGCUACAUCCUCAUGCAGCCGGCCAACAACGGAGCAGCCUGCCCCCCGCUGGAGGAGGAGAAGAAAUGCUUCCCUGAUAACUGUUUAUGACUAGGCCCGGAAAGGAGGGAGAGGAAGGAGAAGAAGGAGAGGAAGGAGA